AUGUCGCUUAAACUUGAGUUACAACAUAAAUUGAAAGAAAUCGGUUAUGAACUUGGUCCAUUUGCAUCAAAAGAUACAUUAUCUGUUGUAUUAUGUCUUCAUUCACUAGUUAUGGAAGAGAAAAAUAUCAAUGUUGCGAAAUUAAAUGAUCUUGAUAUUCGGAAACAAUUAACACAACAUGGUUUACUUGUUGGACCUGUUACGAAUCAAACUCGAGCAAUUUAUCAACGUAAAUUACUUGAAAUAUUAACUAAUCGAACAACAGAAGGACAAGAAGAUGAAUUUGAUACGGAUGAACCAAUUCUUCCUACUGAGUAUAAUAAACAAGAAAAGAAUUCUCUCUAUCCAAAUUUAUCCAGUAUAAAAACAAAUUCAUAUUCAAAAAAAGUUGAACCAUCAGUUAUACGACAUGAUUAUAAAGCUACGAAAGAUACAUCAACACGAAAUAUCUAUAGAGAUACAAAUGAAAUUCGAUCACGUAUAUCAACAAAAAUAAAUGAUGUUGAAAAGAAUAUUGAUAAUAAUGUAAAAAUUGCGAAAAAAAAUAAUAAUACAAUUCUUUAUGCUGGUAUAACAUUAUUUGUUGCAUUAAUCGUUUUUAUUGGUUAUUCAUGGUUUGAAAAAUGA